CUGGCGCCGCGUGAGUCCCCCACUGGCUGCUCUGAAAAGCCAUCUUUGCAUUGUUCCUCGUCCGCCUCCUUGCUCGCCGCAGCCGCCUCCGCCGCGCGCCUCCUUCGCCGCCGCGGACUCCGGCAGCUUUAUUGCCAGUCCCUGAACUCUCGCUUUCUUUUUAAUCCCCUGCAUCGGAUCACCGGCGUGCCCCACCAUGUCAGACGCAGCCGUAGACACCAGCUCCGAAAUAACCACCAAGGACUUAAAGGAGAAGAAAGAAGUUGUGGAAGAGGCGGAAAAUGGAAGAGACGCCCCUGCUAACGGGAAUGCUGAGAAUGAGGAAAAUGGGGAGCAGGAGGCUGACAAUGAGGUAGAUGAAGAAGAGGAAGAAGGUGGGGAGGAAGAGGAGGAGGAAGAAGAAGGUGAUGGUGAGGAAGAGGAUGGAGAUGAAGAUGAGGAAGCUGAGUCAGCUACGGGCAAGCGGGCAGCUGAAGAUGAUGAGGAUGACGAUGUCGAUACCAAGAAGCAGAAGACCGACGAGGAUGACUAGACAGCAAAAAAGGAAAAGUUAAACUAAAAAAAAAAGGCCGCCGUGACCUAUUCACCCUCCACUUCCCGUCUCAGAAUCUAAACGUGGUCACCUUCGAGUAGAGAGGCCCGCCCGCCCACCGUGGGCAGUGCCACCCGCAGAUGACACGCGCUCUCCACCACCCAACCCAAACCAUGAGAAUUUGCAACAGGGGAGGAAAAAAGAACCAAAACUUCCAAGGCCCUGCUUUUUUUCUUAAAAGUACUUUAAAAAGGAAAUUUGUUUGUAUUUUUUAUUUACAUUUUAUAUUUUUGUACAUAUUGUUAGGGUCAGCCAUUUUUAAUGAUCUCGGAUGACCAAACCAGCCUUCGGAGCGUUCUCUGUCCUACUUCUGACUUUACUUGUGGUGUGACCAUGUUCAUUAUAAUCUCAAAGGAGAAAAAAAACCUUGUAAAAAAAGCAAAAAUGACAACAGAAAAACAAUCUUAUUCCGAGCAUUCCAGUAACUUUUUUGUGUAUGUACUUAGCUGUACUAUAAGUAGUUGGUUUGUAUGAGAUGGUUAAAAAGGCCAAAGAUAAAAGGUUUCUUUUUUUUCCUUUUUUGUCUAUGAAGUUGCUGUUUAUUUUUUUUGGCCUGUUUGAUGUAUGUGUGAAACAAUGUUGUCCAACAAUAAACAGGAAUUUUAUUUUGCUGAGUUGUUCUAACAAA